GUUAUAAAUAAAAAAAUAAAACAAUAAGCUAUAUACAUGUGAUUUUCGUGUGCCUAGGAAGUUGUAAAUGUCACCUUUGUCAAAAGUUUUCUUCAAAUCCGUCAAGUCCUGAGGUACCAAGUGAUGUUAAAAAUUAAUAAACAAAUUAUUUAAUAAAUAAAAUGAUUGCUGCGUAUUAUUACACCGUUGCUUUUUGUUAAAUUUUUGCGUGGAAUUUUUUGGUAUAUUUAUUACGUUAUAUAUUAUAUUGUGAUCAGUGCCUUGAGUGAAAAAUGGAAGCAAUAGCAACAAGUGAUCAAACUGUAAUAAGAGCUCCAAAUCAGUUCAGAAAUCUCAGACAGGGCAGUAUCAUAGACUUUGAUAUUGAUAUGUUUUUGAAGAUUUCUAACUAUGAAGACACCGUUAGACAACUUGACAUAUAUUAUGGAAUCGUCAAAAGGCAGAUUCUUCAGUACCAAAGCUGUAUAACAGGCCUUUUCCCACAAGUUUCUACUGACAUAAAAGUUGGAAGUGUCAGAGAUAGCAUAUACUGUGCUGCUGCCGUUUGGAGCUUGCAUCAAGCUUACAGACGUAUAGACGACGAUAGAGGCAAGUCCUACGAACUGGGACAAUCGGCCAUUAAGUGCAUGAGAGGAAUUCUGGAGUGCUGGAUGAAGCAGUCCUCCAGAGUGGAGUUGUUUAAGAAAAACCAAUCCAAUCGUUUUGCCUUGCACUGUAAGUUUCACUUGGACACUGGCAAUGAGAUAUUCAAAGACGAAGACUACAAUCACCUGCAGAUCGACGUUGUGUCCCUGUACCUGAUUUUCCUGGUCCAAAUGAUCUCAUCCGGCCUGCAAAUCAUUUACACUCAAGAUGAAGUAGCUUUCAUUCAAAACCUCGUCUACUAUGUCGAAAGAGCUUACAGAACACCGGAUUACGGGAUGUGGGAGAGAGGCAGUCGUUACAACGACGGGACACCGGAAAUUCACGCCAGCUCAAUCGGGAUGGCCAAAAGUGCCCUGGAAGCCAUCAAUGGCUGCAAUCUGUUUGGGGAAAAGGGAGCCUCUUGGUCCGUUAUUUACGUCGACAUAGAUGCGCACAAUCGUAAUCGUAGUAUUUUCGAAACCAUGCUUCCAAGGGAAUCCAGCUCCAAAAGCGUGGAUGCAGCCCUUCUGCCAACGAUAUCGUUUCCCGCAUUUGCCACGCACGAGGAAGUUUUGUACAACGAGACCAAAGCCAACAUAGUAAGGAGAUUGAAGAGCACUCAUGGCUUCAAACGAUUCAACAGGGACGGCUACAAGACCGUCAUCGAAGAUCCAGAGAGACGCUACUACAAAUCUGGGGAAAUCAAAGAUUUCGACAACAUAGAGUGCGAGUGGCCGUUGUUUUACAUCUUCAUGAUAAUCGACGGAGUUUUUAACACUUUACCAGAUCAAGUGGAAGAGUACCAGAACUUACUCAAAGCCAGACUGUCCAAGGAUUAUCACGGAGACCCGGUGGUUCCUAUGUACUAUUACGUAUCCGAAGAGAACAUUGAAAUGGAAAAAAUCGAGCCGGGAAGUACGAUGAAGAUUCCUUGCGACAUCGGUCGGGGCCACAGAGGAGGCGAAGAUCAUGGCUCGAUAUACUUGUGGAACCAAGCGAUGUUUGUGAUAGCUCAGUUGUUGACCGCCAAUCUGUUGCACAUCAAUGAAUUGGAUCCGAUUCGUCGGUAUUUGCCUUCUUACAAUAGACCGAGAAAGGCCGGACGAUACUCGGCUUUCCAGGGCACCCAUACCGAUCUUGUGGUCCAAAUCGUUUUGAUAGCCGAGUCUAUGAGAUUACAAGCCAUGAUGGCCACGUACGGUAUACAAACUCAAACGCCUCACGAGGUGGAGCCCGUUCAAAUUCUUUCAUCGAGUGAGUUGGUCAAGGCCUACCAGUGCCUUGGAGUUAACAGUAAACUUGGCCUCGAGGGUAGACCUGCAAGACCUAUUGGUUCUUUGGGGACGAGUAAGAUAUACAGAGUUUGCGGGAUGACUGUUCUUUGCUACCCGUUGAUAUUUGAGGUAUCGGAAUUUUAUUUAUACCGCGACAUGGCUUUGCUUAUCGAUGACAUUAAAACGGAACUACAAUUCGUUGGAAAAUACUGGAGAUUAUCGGGAAGGCCUACCGUUUGCCUUCUUAUACGUGAAGAGCACAUGCGUGAUCCACAGUUUAAAGAAAUGCUCGAUUUGUUUGCGAUGUUGAAGAAAGGAUACUGCGACGGUACAAAAGUGCGCAUCGGCAGGCUGCAGAAUUUAAUAUCGUCCUCUUGUAUAGAGCAUUUGGAUUUUAUUAGUGCAAUGGAAACCGAUUUGGAAUUAAAUCAGUUCAAACAAUUGGAGCACGACUAUAUUGGCUAUCAAAGUUUGACGGACGUCCCAAAAGCGCUCUCUUAUGAUGAAGAUUCAAAAAAUCUUUCCCACUUUAAAAAUGAGCCUACUCCGAAUGUAAUUAAUGCCAUUAGGAAUGCAGCUGGCUUGUAUGCCAAAUGCCAACUUUAUGGUAUACUAUUGCAGCGAGAAGGUUCCAAUUACGAAAUUAAUGGCUCAAUACUUGGGGACAUUUUAAGAUCCUUGUAUCAACAAGCUGGUAGCCUUAGGUAUUGGAUGGUGGUGCGAUACUGCAGUAGUUUGCUAAACCAUACUGUAGACAGUAUCAGCCCUUUCAUAACAGGUGUACUUGUUAAAGGAAAACAGAUUACCGUUGGUGUCAUUUAUCAACAAGAAACUGUUUUUGAUAAACCAAUGACACCAGCUGAGAUUCAAUCAGUUAUGUACUCUACCAUUCAACCUCACAACGUUGUACAAGCUGUCCUACAACAAGAAAUAUUACUGUAUUGUGGUCGGUUAAUUGGAACUAACCCAGAAAUUUUCAAGGGUAUACUCAAAAUACGAAUCGGGUGGGUUUUAGAAGCUAUGAAAUUACAUUUAGAAAUAAGAGGGCAAACUAAGCCUCUUGAAAACUACAGCCCUUACGAAAUUCGACAGGUUUUAAUUAAAGUUCUCACGGUAAAGGAUUGGGCAGCUGAAGAAAAUUUGUCGAUCUUGGGCAGAAGAAAAAUUGAAGGUUGCUUGUGCAGAGUACCAGCCCAUUUUUACAAUCAAGUUUGGGAAGUACUAGAGCGAUGUCCUGGAGGUAUUUGCGUGAAUGGCCGUGAAAUACCGCAGCAACCAACUUUAUCAAACAUGACUAGAUCAGAAUUGACAUUUGCUCUUCUCGUCGAAUCAAUCCUUCAUCAUAUUCACAUGCCAGAAUAUCGUCAAAUAGUUGUUGAGUUGCUGAAUAUCGUAUCUACAAUAUUAUUGCGAAACCCCGAGUUGACUUUCCAAAAACAACUAAAUUUAAAUAAAUUAGUUGACGAUGCGUACUUAAUAUUCUGCAAGGAUCAAAAUUUGGAAAAAACUACAGACAUGACAAAUUUCUUUUCUGCAAACUAUUCUAAUACAACGAGUUGCUUGGCCAGAGCUAUUGUAAAUAAUGUACUCACAGGAGACUGUGUCACAAAUAUUUCUGGAACUCAUGAUGCCCUAAAAACAGAUGAAAUGUGUAGGAUUACAUAAAAAAUUAUAAAAAAAAUAUAUAUGUAUAGAUAUAUUGUUACUGUUACAUUGUUAGUUUUCAAAUGUAUAUUUAAAUAAAAUAGGAGUUAUU